AUGAGCAUAGACUCUAGUACUACUCCUGGCCAGGAAAAAGUCCCUGGAUCAUCGAUACAAAACUCAACAUCGCCACCACCACCAAAUGCAAAUACAAAGUCAACCCCAAAGAAUGAAUCCACACAGGAUCAUGAUUUUAAGACUACAGAAUCUGCCUCUACUACAACAUUAAACUCAACCUCAACCUCAAAUCUGAUCUCAUCAAUUCUAUCCCCAUUCAGCUCCCUUCUCUCGUCCCAAACGCCACCCUCAGAAGACAAAACGAAAGAGAAAGAAAAGGAGCAAAAGCCCAAGGAAGAUGGAAAUGAAAAUGAAAAUGAAAAUGAAACCACCUCGCCAACUCCCUACUUCACUCCAAACCAAGUCCCAAAAUUCAAAGCACUCCAAAAAAAGCGACUUUCAGGUACCCGAACCAAACAACUUUUGAAAGCUGCAGGCCGUGCCUUUGAUGAUCCGCCUCCUCCACCGGAACUAGGGACGUGCUGUGGGAGCUCUUGUGAUCCGUGCGUGAAUGAUUUGUGGCGUGAGGAGAGGGAAGUUUGGAGGGAGAGAUGGGGGGAUCGGAGGGUUGAGGCUGAUGGGGGUGUUAGGAGGGAUUUGGAGUGGUGA